AUGAAGGCUUGGUUCUAUGUGGUCCUGAUACUCGCGUUGACGAGUAGGGCAGUGGCCUUCACUGCCAAGAAGCUGGAUCCGAGGUCUUCACGCCCAGCGUUCAAGUCGACGGCAUCGGUCGGAAAAGAUCGAGAUGAUGUCUCUCAGCUGCCAGUGCAUGGAAACACCCCUGCCUUUGCGUUGCCGCAGGGAACUAGCUUGGGUGUCUCCAUGUCCCCGGCUGUGUACAACGGUGAUGAAGACGAGGACGAAGACGAGCUCUUCAGCUACGGAACCGCGCUGGUUUCCUGUGUCAUCUCGUUGGCCCUCGGUUUCACGCUGGGUUAUGGAACCUAA